UUUGGGAGAAGAACAUGGAUUCUGAAACAGUAACUUUUCUUGUAAAAUCUCAUUGUAGUGGAGCAUUGCCAUACUAGUUUUUAGCAAUGUUCUGCUUAAUCUGUAUUUUGUCACUUAGUAUCAUAAAGUGCAGGACUGGCUUUCAUAGAUUCUGUUGUGGUUUGUCUCAAAAAUUACUUAAUUCACACACAUGGUGAAUUUUUUAUUUUUGAGAGUCUGAGUUAAGAGCAGUAGCUGAUAUUGUAGCACUAAGGAGUAUCUGGAAUUUCAGUUGUCAUAAAACUGAUAUGGCUAAUAGCUUGCUGUUGAAAGGGGCAGAUUCCAAUCCCAUUCAUGACUGUGCGUCUUCCCAUUCUUGUCCUGCUGGUCUUGGCUGCAGUCUUUCCUGGUCUUGUUUAACAAGCUAAACAGUCAAGACUGGUUUUGUUGUUCAGCUUUCUCUGCCGGGUUGUUGAACUUGAUCAGCCUGGUGAAGGAGUUAAGCAUCACAGGCCAUGAUCCCUACCACUGGCACAACUACGCUUGGCACAUCAGAGGCCUCAGCUUGGGUCAAGUUCCUGAAGGAGGCUGCACCUCUCUAGAGUGUGAACUACACAGAUGCCUGGGGACACCCACUAGCUGGAAUCAAGUGAUGUCCCUGCUCCUAAAGGUGUGUAAUUGUGGAAAACCUGUGUCACCAAGCAAAGGAAUGGUGGAAGGGGAUCAGCAGGCUUGCACAGCAUCUUUAUAGCAAAAAUUACAAGAUUCCUCAGAUUCAAGAAUCUGAAACCUCCAGGUAUAUUGACAAUGGGGCAGAAAUAGUCUCUGCACAAUAGGUUGGCAGAUGGAUACUCCUGCAAUGGUGAAGGCUGGUGGCCUGUGGCACCAGGAGAGAGAUUCCUGUUCCUUGAACAGAUGUGCAGUUGCCAAAUAGGUUCAGUGCACUGAAAAAAGACACAUGGCUGGAAGCUCUUUAUAAGCCUUUUAUAACCUAAAUGAUUCUAUAGUUUUAUACAACAAAGCAUCAGAACAGCACCUGGGGCAGCAGCAAGUGGUGAGACUCUGCAGAUAGUGGAGAGACUUACUCCUAUAGGGAAUAGAGGCCUCCACAUGUGGUUUUGUGUUAGGGAGGUUUGCUGCUUCUGUAUACCCCUGAUAGGGAUGGGAGGGAAGGACUGUCAAGGUAUGUUCCACCUUUAAAAUACUUAACCUUACAGCUCUGCUACUUAAACACUAAUGGAUAUAGCAAGAGGGUGCCUGAAGCUUAUCAAGCAAGACUAUGUGGCCUUUGGAAUGAGGGCCAAGGCCACAGGAAGGCAGGUGGAUCUUCUCUGUGAUCCUCAACCCCCUUCUCACCAUCAGGAGGAAUAAACAGAUACUGCCUGUCUACAGCUAGUUAGUUUCACAGCUCAUGCUGAUAUCAGAGCUUUGGUUCUUAUAGCCUUGAGACCUCCUUUGCAGAGCAAGGACUACCAGGAGGAGAUAGCAUCCACCUAUCCAAGACAGGGCAAAAGUAGAGAUUAUAGUAAAAGAAAAUGACUAUACACAAUCAAGUAAGGAAUUAGUGAACUUGCAAACGAAGUGUAUAGGCUGAUAUGAACAAGACACUUAGUAAUCUACAGUUCAGAUCUGAAGGCAUAUCAUCCUAGCACUCCAACAAGAAAGUACAAACAGAACUUGAUAGGGGAACCUCUUGCUUUCUCUGGGGAUCUGCAGGGCUGGAUGCUUCUCUGAAGUGCCUUUAUACAGAUGCAUACAUUAUUGGAAGUAAAAGGGAGGAGGCAGAGAUUGGCAUGCAACUGUAGGGCAACAAUUUUAUUGUGGUAUAAACACACAGAGUGCUGCAGUGGAUUGAUGUGGAUGGCCUAGGAAGACAAUCUGGGGUAGCAAGGAAUGGGAGUUGCAUUUUAUGUGAAAUAACAGUUGAAUUGCAUGGAGUUUUACCUUCAGUCAGAUGAGCCUGUUGAGAGGUUAUGAGUUAAGUUUCGAGGGCAGAUCAAUAGGGGUGACAAUAUAGUGAGUGUUUGCUACAGACUGCCUAAGCAGGAAGAAGUGGAUGAGGCCUUCAGACAACUGCAAAAUGCUUAAUAUUUACAGCUGCUUAUGAGAGACUUCAGUUACCUCACAGUGUGGUAGAAGAAGCAUCACAGCAGAGCACAGGCAGUCCAGGCGGUUUCUGGAAUUAAUUGAUGACCUCAUGCUAACACAGGUGACCACGCUGAUAUAGGAAGGCAUUAUGCCGGACUUCCACUUAAAAAGAAGGGAGAAUUGAUUAGGACUUUAAGACUGGAGGCAACCUUAGUUGCAGUGACCAUGGGAUAGUGACAUUCAGGAUUGUGAGAAGGAGCAAGGCAUAAAUCAGGAUCACAACCCUGGACUAGUUAACCCUAUUUUGAGCAGAGGAGUUACACUAGAGAAUUCUGUCAAUGACCUUAAUCAGGCGCAAGUAGCUGCACAGGUUAAAAAUGUGUGUGCCUGCUCUCUGCUUGUUUUUGUGCAUUUCACUUAUGGUGUUUAUAGUGUUCUUGUAGCUGCUUGGAGGGGUCUGCCUGGGGACUUUAUCCAUUUAGUUUUGAUCCAUCAGGGGAUGCAACUAAACGUGCAAGUGUACAAUACAGCUGAGGUAAUACAAGAGCUUUCUUCCUCCAGAAGGGCAAUGCCCCUUCCCCUCAUCCUCAGCAUCUUCUGCUCACCCUGUACUGAUUGUGGCAGAUCCACUGCAUAAGCUGACUCAGUACAUAAAGCUGGCAGAAAGCUAACCUAGCAAAAAGCUGUGUUCUCUGCUGGGCUAAUGAGUUGAAUUAGCUGUAAUGGGGGCUAGGUUAAUAGUCCUUCUGCUCUUUCCAUGCUGUUCUAGCCCUUUCAUGUACCCUCUCUGUAAGUGGGGUGCUGCCUUAAGGGCGUAAUUUGUGGUUACUUGAAUACAGCAAGAGUGAAGCAAUACUAACCAGGAGCCUGUUCAGAAUGGAGGUCUGUAGUUUUUGGGUCUGUGCACUAUCAUAAUAACAAGUGUGUAUAUAGAGUAAGUUGGCUGAUUUUUUUUCCUUUUUUUUUUCCUUUAGAUGAGGAGCAUCUCAUCUGACGAGAAGGAUGGAAUGUCCUUAAUACACAUCUUUAACUUGAUAUUUGUUUGGAGGAUAAAGCUUUAACAUUCUUAGCUGUAGAAGGAAUUUCUCACUAUUUUUCUCACCUUUUCCACCCAGCAUUGCUAAGGAGGAAAGCUUUCCAUAGUUGCUGUUUUAUUUGGGUAAUAAUUUGGGAUCUUAGGCAGAUUAAACUAAAUGCAUUUAGCAGAGCUUUGAUAAAAGCUUGGUGCAGUAAUGUCUAUUAUUAUAGCUCUAUACAGUAGGUAUAGCUUCUAAUUUUGGAUGUUAGACAGAGCAGUGGAACGUGAAGAAACUGGAUAAUUCAGGCAGUGCUCCUUUUAAUUUUGUCCUAGUGUCCCUAUAUUGUUUUGUCUAGUUUGGGGAGAGGAGGGAUGUUGCAAGGAAUGGAGUCUUCUGCAUCCCGGUUUAGAGACCAGUAUUGGAGGGUUUUGUCUUUUGCCACUACAGUAUGGCUGCAGGCAUAAAUUGUGCAUACAGACAAUUGCUGUACUAUCACAUAGACCAGGUAAGAUUGACUUCAGAAUCAGAUAAAACAGCAUUUAUGUAGCAAUAAUGUUCCUUUAGAACAUGAGCAAAUCUGCAUCUAUAAAAGGAAAAAUAAAUGUUUCCGUAUACAGGUAGUGUUUUUUUCCUUGAAUAGUCUGUGUCUGGGAAAUCUUGCUAGUCAGAGUAGACAAUUCUAACAACUCAAAUGCUGUUUGUACCAAGGAACUGAAGUGGCUUAGUCUUUUGUACAUGUUAUAAUCCAUUUAGAGUGCAUUCUAGUAGUCAGGUUCCUCAUCAUGAAAUAAUGCUUGCUGCUGAACAUCCAGCAUUCUUUAAGUCUGUUUUCUGGGAAACGCAUUCAGAAAAACAGGAUUGGCUGCCUAGUAUAAAAAGAAAAAGCAGGUGUUGUCUGUAUCGAAGUAAUUUAGAAGAUAAUAAACAGCUAUAGAUAAGAUACAGUUCCUUAAUGUGAUAUUAUCUCUGACUGGUUUUCGUUUUGAAUGUGGUGAAAUACUUGUUAAUCCUUAACUGGUAAGCCAUACAGUUUGGCAAAUACUUGUAACAGUUAUUCUCAAGGAGAGACAAAACAAUCCUUCCUUCCUGUAGAAAACUGUUAGUGUUUAAACUGAGAACAGACAACAAAAAUGGAGAAACAGGCCAAUGGCAGUGUAUGUCCAGGUAAGCAAGUGAGAACCAAACUGUCACAGGCCUUUAAUCACUGGCUGAAUGUUCCAGAAGAUAAAAUACAGGUUAUCAUUGACGUGACAGAGAUGUUGCACAAUGCAAGCCUACUUGUGGAUGAUAUUGAAGAUAACUCAAAGCUACGACGGGGCUUUCCAGUGGCGCACAGUAUCUAUGGAAUUCCGUCUGUAAUCAACUGUGCUAAUUAUGUUUAUUUUCUUGGCUUAGAGAAGGUUUUAACCCUUGAUCAUCCAGAUGCUGUUAAAGUAUUUACCCGUCAACUUCUGGAACUCCAUAAAGGUCAAGGCUUGGAUAUUUACUGGAGGGAUACUUACACCUGUCCUACAGAGGCUGAGUAUAAAGCGAUGGUACUGCAAAAGACAGGUGGUCUCUUCGGAUUAGCUGUAGGCCUCAUGCAGCUGUUUUCGAAUUAUAAAAAAGACUUAAAGCCACUUCUUAACACACUUGGUCUCUUCUUCCAAAUAAGAGAUGACUAUGCCAACUUGCACUCCAAAGAAUAUAGUGAGAACAAGAGUUUUUGUGAAGACUUAACUGAGGGCAAGUUCUCAUUCCCAACCAUUCAUGCAAUUUGGUCAAGACCUGAAAGUACUCAGGUGCAAAACAUUUUACGUCAAAGGACAGAGAACAUAGAUAUAAAAAAAUACUGUGUACAUUACCUUGAAAAUGUUGGUUCCUUUGAGUACACUCGGAAUACAUUGAAAGAGCUUGAAUCUGAAGCCUAUAAACAAAUUGAAUCACUUGGGGGAAACCCUGAGCUUGUAGCACUAGUUCAACAGCUGAGCAAAAUGUUCAAAGAACCUGAAAAUUAAAACAUCAACUUCUGGGCGUGGAUUAAAACUCUUAAAAUGGGAAAAUAACCAGAUGGAGAGCUGUGAUAAUCCAUCUUAUGUAAAACUUUCUCUUGUAGCCAUGUUACAGAAAUUACUGUUAAAAGUAACUAGUCAUUGAGUUUUGAAAUAUAUACCUUAUUAUCUCUAAAGUCUUAACUGUAACUGCUUACAUUUGAUUUUGUUAAAGCAGAUGUACUAGAACUAAAACAAAUUUUGAAUCUAAAUAUAAUAGUCUUUACACAAUCACAGGCAUUAUUUCAUACCUAAAACUCUCAUGCUCCGAACCAGGCAAUGAUAGGAUGUUGGUUGAAAUUCUGUGUUAAAUUAAAUCAGGUUGACAUAUGUGUAUUAUGCAUUUUAAACAAUGCUCUUAUGAACCAAAAUUCAUAUUAAAAAAAAAAAGAAAAGGCACUUGCAAGAACAUAAAAUUGUGUGAUAUUUCUAAGCUCAAUUUGUGAAGAUCAGGUGGAUCAGUUUACUAUGUCCUAGAGUGAAUAUCCUAUCCAGCUUCUGUGGAUAUUUUCAGGUGAAUGUGAAUUAUGAAAGAUGCUAUUUCAUAUGCGAAUAAGAUAUGCUCAGUCUGAAACUGUGACUUGAUAAAGAUUUUUCAAUACCUUAGAGAAAAGAUUUCAUCACAUCAACGAAGUGUAAAUUUGCUGCUGAUUCCAGCUGCUGAUUCCAGCUCUGCAGUAAUUUUGCUUACCUGGUUUUAGAUUUUGAAAUUGUCAAACAUUCUGUAGCCAGAAACUUAAAUCUAUGUAUUAGAGCUCAAAUAUGUAACUGUAAAUAGCAACAUAAUGAGCUGGUAAUAGAAAUGGAAAGGAAUUCACACCAGGUAACUUUAGGACACCAUAAUUGGUGCAGGUCUCUUUAAUCUCUGCUUAUAAUUGAGGGGCUUCUCCAAGACUUUAUUCAUAAUUCAAAUUUAAUUCCUGUUCUGAAUUGCUGUCUGGAGGCAUGUUCUAUAUCUCUCCAAAGAGACAAGAGCCUGUAAUUUUUUUCUUAAAACAAAGUACAGUAUCUUGUUUUACAAGCUAAAAUGCCACUUCGGUUUUGUUAAUUGCUUAAACAGAGAUUUAAAAUUAUAGACAUACCAAAACAGAACUGAGACUGAGAGCAAGAUUUAGGGGUGGGGCUGAUAAGUAACAAAGUUGUCUGCUCAGAUACAUAUAUAUAGUUAUAUAUAUGUAUAUAUAUGUGUGUGUAUGUGUAUAUAUAUAUAUAUAUAUAUAUAUAUAUAUAUAUAAAUGUUAAUAAAAUGUAAGCAGAGAUGUUUGGUUUUUUCUUGCCUGGGCUGCUUUUAAUCAGGUUCAGUUCUCUUAGUAUUCACAGGUAUAUUAAGCUUUGACUUGAAGUAGUAAGGUGAUGGUUUGGAUCAAAGGUAGGAUUGGUGCUAUAAGCUGUGGUGUUAGCUCAAGCAUGCUCUGAAAUGGACAGAGGUGCUUGGUUUCUGAUGGCUAAAGGAUAGUUUUAUGCAGGUGUUCAUUUACUGUACCUGGAAAACAGGGAAAGCUAUGAUCUCAGCCCACUGAGAAAAUUAACAGAAGAAGGUUGCUCUAAUGUCUUCCCUGGGCAGCCUUAAUAUCUUUCUGAAAGUGAUCAAACUUGACAAAAUUGAGGAGGACUGCUUUCAGUCUGAAAUACUAUGUAGUUAUGGAUGAUAGCCUGUCCUUUUUAUCUGCAUGCUGAGGAGAAGUCUUUGUCUGAUUAGACACUGAAUAAUAGGCUUUUCAUUGAAUGGACCUGGUUGCCAUGACUGAAUAGCUUAAUGUUGGUGAAAGGUGUCUUUAAUGUUAAUGAAAAAGAAUUGUAAUUCCUUUUUCAUAACUUGCAGUGCUUAGUAAGCCUGUAAAUUUUUAAUGUGUUAUGUGAAAACACUAUCUACAACAAAUUACAUUUAUUUUGUGCCAUGUCUUGGAAGUUUCUAAGCACUGUUGCAGUUAAUGUUGAAUAGGGGAAAGCACUGAAAAGCUUAUUGUUGUCAGGAGAAUCUCCUAGUCUUACUGUGAAAUGUAUCCUUGUGCCUGUUAGGAUAUUGUAACUGCAAUACAAUGCAAAGUGCACUUAGUGCCAUUUCAUUUCUGUUCUGUUGCUGGAUGUAAGCAGUUCUGUAUAAUCAAACUUCCAUAAUGAAGUAGCUUUUCUUACUGUUUGUAUAAAGCUUUUCUAACAUCUGAGAUUUCUGCUAUGUCAUUGCUCCUUUUUUUCUUUGGCAAUUCACCCCAGUAUUUAUUCUAAUCUAUAUCUUGUAGCAUGUGCCUUCAUUAGGAGUAGGUACAUGGAUGUUUUCCAGUUGCAGACCAUUUAAACCACAAAUGGGUAAGAAGGGAACAGCUGGUCCAGCUUUGUUUUCCCAGGUUACAAGAGUCCAUGCAGCUCUCUCUUGCUCUUCUGCCUUCAAGGUGUUUGAUGUAUACAAAGCAUAUACUGAGGGCAUAUCUGGAAAGGCCCACAAGUAGAGCAUUGUUGCUCUUAGGUUAGGAUAAACAGGAUUGUGAGAGCUUUUCUUGAUGUAUUCAGGAGUCUGGAGAGGCUGGGAUAUUUCCUUUUAAUCUGUUAAGCUGGUAGAACAUCUGUAAAUACUAAAUGCCGAUAGUAAUGAUGUCGCUUAGUCAAGGUAGAUUUUAUAUUUGGUGCCAUAAGAUCAGUCUGUGCAUGUUCAUCAGUAUCCUCCAAUGUUAUUACUGGUGCUGGCUCCUGAGGCUAAACAGUGUUAAAAAAAACCUUUCUUUAAAGCAGCAUGGGAGUCCUUGUGACUGCACAAUUAGUUGUGUGAGUGCCCCUCUGUUGCUAUGCCUUCCACAACACAGGGAGUAGGGAUUUUUCCUGAUCUUCAUAAAAUAUGGCAAUCUGAGUUACAAGUGGAGAUGCCCAGAGGGAAACAAAUGGGAUGAUCGUUUCAAUGUCAGUCCCUGUGAGCCAGAAUGGUUCCCCUUAUCUUCCUACUGUUGCAGCAAGUUCUACUUUGAUCAGGUUAUCAGUGCAUUUCCUGGGGGUUUAGUUCUUGCAGUUCAUAUUAAGAGAAAUGCAAAUACUCAUCAAUCUGGAGCAUUCCUCACUACCUCAGUCUGUUUUCUGAUUUUAUGCUUCCUUGGAUGUAAAUGAGUGGUGUCACUUGUCUUAGAGUAGUCAGCCACUGGAUGGGACAUCUGUCUUUGCUUUUUCAUAGGCUUAUGUUUACCCUGUCAAUUAUGAUGAAAAUUGCAUCAAGAUGUUCCUGAGGAGAUGGCUUUCUCCUCUCCUUUUUAACUCAGGUUGUUCAGGCACCCACUCAGAGCAACUUUGUAUGUAGCCAGUUGUUGAUACAAACAAUAUAGAAAUGUUAAUGGGAAAGAAACUAUUUGGUUGUUCUUUGUUUCUGCCUUUUUGUUAAUCUGGCUGCAUGUGCUAUGGAGAUUUCCUAUAUUAAUGACUGUUUUCCUCGGUUAUUGUUAAAAUGCCAGCAAGGUAUAAAAACGUGGGGUUUGUGAGGGGGUUUGCAUUUCUCAUGGAAAACUGGUUUGAGCUUUAAUAUGCCUUUAUCACUGAAUUGGGCCAGGCUUUUAUCCAUGUGGAAGAGCCAUGUGGGCAUCCAUUGCUCUUCUUUGUCCCAUCUUCAUCAUUUUACAUUUCAGGUUUGGUAUUUACUAUGCUCUUUGUAUUAUUUGCUCAUUACUUUCACUGUAAUUCUUCUUUCAGCUAUAUUUCUAUUCUGCUGUUAAUACCAAGCACACAUAAUACCAUCAAACUCGGUUUUGAUCCUGGACAAACAUACUAGUCUGGAUAUACUUUUGAAAUGUUGAAUCUUGGCUCAUCAUUUGCCUUCACAAAAGUAAUCCAAAAUUAAUCCAAGAUUUUCUGCAGCCUCAAAAUGCUUGAAACUUUUUUUUUUUUCCCCCAGGAAGCUAAAGCUGUAAUAUCUUACAUGACCAUAAAUUAUUUUUGUCUCAUGUAAGUUGAGCUACUUUCCUUGCCCUACCUGUUUGCUUUCAAGAUCCAUUUUGCUUUGGUGGUAAUGACUGUUAGGUCUUUUUAUGAAUAAACUUAACUGUCUAGCCCUGAGGGAGAGAAGUUAAUUAUUGUCCAGGUUAAUGAAUUAUCCUACUCAGAAAGAGCCUGAUGAAUGCCAGAGCUGGAAGAUGGACAAAGGCCAAGGAAAGGAUAUCAGAGAAUAAGAGAACUCAUUUUUGCCUUCUGAUGUCUCAUGUAAUUUUACCUUCUUUUACAGAAUUUACUUGACUUUGUUAGGAAAAGCUAAAGUGUGUGGCUAGUUUCUCUGAGCUUCCCAGAUAGACUGUGAGAGAUACUUAAGUUAAAAAUUAUUUAUGUAACUUACAUAUAUAAUCUAAAGAUUUUAUUAAAGGUACAGAUAAAACAGA